AUGUCUCUUGUUUUACAACAAAGUAGCAAGCAUAGAACAAUCAAGCGCUUUGAGUUGCGUGGAACUAGGUUACCAAUCCCUUUAUACUCUAUUAUCUAUGGUUGGGCUACAUGUUCCUAUGACUACUCCUCAAUAUGCUACACACUGUACUUCAAUUAUAAUGAGACUAUAACUGAGAAUGAGCUACCACAACUUGCACUGAGAGACAUUAAACCAGACAAUAAUGUUGACAAUAAAACUACUAAACCACUGAUUCAAGAGUUUGAUGAUCUCAGUAAGAUAUCACUGCUAUUCUCAACAACAGCCAAUGCUGUAUCUCAUUUAUUGUUCAUAUGGGCACUGUGGUGCCUGUAUAUUAAACACUAUAAAAGUUUUAAUAAGUGCCUGUUAGGAAUAUUGAAUUACUUUAAAGAGAAAUGCUGUGGUGUGGAGAGCGGUAAUGAAAAUGAACUACCAUUGGAUCCUUUUAAUGAUGAAACUAAAGACAGUGAUUUAAUAGAAACAGAUCCAAUAGAAACACUUUAUAACGAGAAAAUAGCGGAAACAAAGGAAAGGUCUAGAUUUAGUUUCUUUAGUACAGAAGAUGAGCGUACUAACACACCACUGCAAGGUGAACGGUUGUGUCAUUAUGUAACAUGGUUCAUCAUUGGGUUUACGCUGCUUGCUACUACUGCUGGAGUAUUCUUUUGGCUUUAUUAUCAACAGAAUAAAGGUAGAUCAACAGAUGAUACUUAUAAUCUUGAAAGAGCUGCUCUUGUGUUGUACACUUAUUCUUUAUUUCGUGUUCUGGUCAGUUGCUUUAUAUUCUCAAAGUUAAUGUAUGGAAUACAGAGAAGAUGUGAAGAAUUAAGAACUAUCUGUAUAUCUAGUCAAUGAGAUCUAUAAGAUUGCAAACAAACGUAAAAAGGCAGAAACUACUCCUGUUAC